AUGAAGUCCGCUGUUGCUACUCUUGGCAUGUUGGCCGCCGUUGCCUCGGCCUACACUCCUGGCCGACACCACCAUCUGCACUUCCCUCGUGCCAAUACGACCUCCGCUGACGGCCUGACCACGGUGACUAUCAAAACCACUCAGGUUCACACUAUUACUAGCUGUGCUCCUACGGUCACCAACUGCCCGGCUCACCCUACCGACGUCGCUACGCUCCCAGAGUCUCAGAAGACCACCGCUACUGUCACCGACACAGUUGCCCUGACCACGAUUGUCUGCCCCGUCAGCGAGGUCGGCAAGGUCUCAUCUUCAAUCAUAGACAAGGCCUCUAGCGGUGGCCUCACUGGCACGACUCUGUCUCCUACUACAAAGGCCUCGCCUGCUCCAUCUACGCUUCCCGGCAAUGCCACUGCCACUUCCCAGCCAGUUGUGAGCUCAAAGACUGUGACCCUUACUCUCGGAACUGGCACGUCCGCCUCCGUUGUCACCUCUACUAUCCUCGUCACAGCUUCUCAGCCCACCGCUCCCACGUCUGAAGCAACCGCUGAUCCUACCGAUGUUUCUCCUACUCGUGCUCCUACUGGCAGCGACCAAGUGACCACCUUGACUUCUACCACCAAAGUCACGCGUACUGUUACUGUUUCACGAACUCAUCCCACCACGUCUGCUGGAGGCAACCCCGGUGGCAACCCCGGUGGCGACGGCACCUGUGCUCCCUCGACCGUCACCGUCACUGUGGCCAAGGAGACCGUCACUCUCCCUGCCUCUACCGUCUACGUUACCAUUGGCGGCCCUACCACUACCAAUGCCGGCAGCCCCAAGCCAACAACUUCUGCUCCCGGCAACGGUGACCAAACCUCAUCCGACUGCACUGAUGAGACCACAACUCUCCAGAAGACUGUCACCGUUGUCCCAUACCCUACUGGUAAUGGCACACACACCAGUGGCUCUCCCAAGCCCUCUGGCUAUGCUCGUCUUCGCUAA